AUGUGGGAUCAUGACAAUCCUCUCCUCCAGGAGGUUCUUCCAAUUAUGGAUCAGCUAAGACAACUACUUUCAGACAAAGGUCUAGAGUCGGUGCUCCCAUUUGAGUUUCAGGCUCUGGAUGCCAGUGUUGAAGAACUCGAGAGAGAUGCUUACCCUAUUUUGGAUGAUCUGGCCAGGAAUGUUAGCACCAAGAAUCUUGAACUUGUGCGGAGUUUGAAAAGCAAAGUUACCCGUCUGCUUGCUCGUGUUCAAAAGGUAAGAGAUGAAAUUGAGCAUCUUCUUGAUGACAAUGAAGAUAUGGCCCAUCUAUAUUUGACAAGAAAGUGGAUCCUAAAUGAGCAAUAUGAGGUUGUGUUGGGAGCAUCAGUUUCAGGUAGCAUUGUCACUGUGUUGGAAUAUUUAUAA